GAGAGAGAAGGAGAAGACGACAGGAGAGAGAGAGACGACCAAUUUGUCAAAUAGAGAGGGAGAAGAAGGAGAAGACGGAGACAACAAUGGCGGAAGAAAAUAGGGAGAAGAAUGAAGGAGGAGAAGAAGAAGAGAGCGUGAAGGUUUUCGUGGGACAAAUACCGAAACACAUGUCGGAAUCUCAACUCCUUACAUUGUUUCAAGAGUUCGCUGUCGUCGACGAGGUUAACAUCAUUAAGGACAAGAUCACACGCGCCUCUCGAGGAUGUUGUUUUGUAAUAUGUCCAUCGAGAGAGGAAGCAGAUAAGCUGGUCAAUGCUUGUCAUAACAAGAAGACAUUACCUGGUGCAGCCAGUCUAUUGCAAGUAAAGUAUGCAGAUGGCGAACUGGAAAGGCUAGAGCACAAGCUUUUUGUCGGUAUGCUUCCAAAGAAUGUCUCUGAAGCUGAACUUCUAUCGUUAUUCUCCAAGCACGGCGCCAUAAAGGAUCUACAGAUUCUAAGAGGUGCUCAACAAACAAGCAAAGGCUGUGCUUUUCUCAAGUAUGAGACAAAAGAACAAGCUGUUUCUGCCAUGGAAUCCAUCAAUGGAAAACACAAAAUGGAGGGUUCAACUGUUCCUUUAGUUGUCAAAUGGGCAGACACAGAAAGGGAGAGACACACAAGAAGACUUCAAAAGGCUCAAUCUCACCUCACUCGAUUAGCUACCGCUGAUCCAACAAACCCCUCAUUAUUUGGAGCAUUACCCAUGAGCUAUGCUCCACCAUAUAAUGGAUAUGGUUACCACCAAGCUCCUGGAACUUAUGGCUACAUGCUACCACCAAUUCAGAACCAAGCUCCAUUACCCAAUCUAGGUAAUAGCAACGCGCUGCAAAGAACCUCACCUGACUCUGUGCCACCUCGCUUGGCCCGUAGGAACUUUCCUUUGCCUCCAGCAAACUACAUGGGCUCUGGCUAUCCCCCUGUGAGAGGUCUCCCUUAUCCAUUGGCUCAUCCUAGAGGGAUUAUGAAUCCUCGCCCUCUAAGUAGCUCUCCUGGAUCCAUAUCACCUGGCGGGUCAACACCUUUAGGAAUCGGUUUGAGUUCCGUGGUUCAAUCUCAAACCGAAGGUCCAGAAGGUGCGAAUCUGUUUAUCUAUAACAUACCUCGUGAAUAUGGGGAUCAAGAACUCGCUGCUGCGUUUCAACCUUACGGUAUUGUUCUGAGCGCUAAGGUGUUUGUAGACAAAGCCACUGGUGUAAGCAAAUGUUUUGGUUUUGUUAGUUAUGACUCACAAGCAGCUGCUCAGAACGCUAUUAACAUGAUGAACGGUCGCCAUUUAGGCGGUAAGAAAUUGAAAGUCCAGCUUAAGAGAGACGACCACAACAACAACAACAAAGGCCAACAGAGUAGUUAAACUCAUACAACUCUUCUCAACUACAAGAAAAAAAACAAAAGGUCGGGCUAAUGAGUCGACCAAAGAAUUGGACCAAUCUUGAAUAGAUGCAUGCAUCUGUGUAUAACUCCAAAUCUCUCAAAUCAAACUAGAAUCUAUAACUUCCUCUGCAAAUGAAUCAUCUUUUUCGUUUUUUUAAUUUCUGCAAAUAACAAUUUGUAAUUUAUGCAUCAUUGAAAUUCAUGUAGACAUUUUAUGAUUUAUUAACAUUAAAUUCAUUGAA